UUGUGCAGCACGUUGUUUUGGCUUAUAAGUUUGAUCGUCCUCUCGGGAAUAUGGAGGGGGUUUCUUCCUCUAAAAUCAGGAGUGUGGUGGCCAUAUGUCAUUUUGAUCCUUACAUCUGUUGCAUUUCAAGAAGGCACCCGUCUUGUGUUCUGGAGGCUCUACAAGAAAAUGGAAGAGAUGCUAGAUGCCUUUGCUGACAGAAUAUCUAAACCGCGUCUCUGUUUGACAGACAAGAUGCUAAUCUCUUUGGCUGGUGGUUUAGGUCAUGGACUGGCUCAUGCGGUCUUUUUCUGCCUCAGCCUCCUAACUCCAGCAUUUGGUCAAGCAACAUUUUAUGUCGAGAGGUGCUCAAGGAUGCCAUUUUUCCUUGUGUCGGCAAUUAUUGCACUUGGGUUCUUGGUCAUCCAUACUUCCUCGAUGAUUAUUGCUUUUAAUGGAUAUGGAGAGAGAAAGAAGAGGGACCAAAUCUUUGUCCCAGUGGUUCACCUGAUUGCUGCUGUGAUGACAUUGAUCAACCUUGUGCCAGGGGGUUGCCUUGUCGGUACACCUUUACUGUGCGUGACGGCUGCGAUGACCUUGUACUACUCCUGGCAAGUGGUGGGGCAGAGAAUAACAGAGCACCAACAUCGACAGUCUUAACAGCUAGCGCUUUGCCUUGUGCUCGUCGCAUCGCAUGGAGUUUCCUUGUGGGCUAAUCUUUGUACUAGGACAACUGUAUGUAGAUUUAGCGGUUUCGCCAAUAGUUGACUCAUCAUCUUAUGAAAGCCCAUGCGGCCGUGAGAUAUUGACUCCCUUAUGAAAUUAUGAUGGGUUGUAUAUGGUACUUGUACUGACACGGUAUACUUGUAAUGAGAUGUUUUCAGUGCUGUCUGGUCAGGCAAGAGAUUGCCGUCAGAUUGGUGCUUGGUUCAAUUAAAUACUACUCCCUCCGUUCCAAAUUA